UGGCAUGAGGGGAGUUUUGCUGCUUUAUAAGAGAGUGUUUCUCCACUCCAGAGACACGUAUUCCACUGUUGCAUCUUUGAUGUUAAACAACUGAACAUCACUCGGAAUCUCGGAACCAAUCAAUUUUCUUCCAUCAAGAUCUUCAAUAGCCAUCCUUAACACUGAGGACUGCAUAACAUUGUACAUAUUUCAAAGCAGCAACGUUUUUUGGAAAGGUUACGUGACGCACACACACAUACUGAACAUGGCAACCACACUGGAACUUAUAGGUGGUCAAGGAGGCAGUUCAUUUGAAUUCCACGGCAUGAACAACGGUGCCACCCUCAAGAAGAUCGGAGUGGCGGUGGGAGGCUGGCAGGUGAAAGCUGUGCGGGCGGAGCUGACCGAUGGGAAAGUAGCGACUUUUGGAGAGGCUAACACUUUCAGUGAGUUUGAGUUCAACCUCGGUGAGCGCAUCACCAAGCUGUCUCUGUGGGGUAACGGCGCCGGCACACGUCUGGGUGCCAUCAAGUUCACGACGAGUGAGAACAGGGAGUUCUUUGAAAAAAUGACCAGCUGGGGACUGAAGACUGAGUACACCAUAGAUGUGGGGUCCGGAAUCUGCCUGGGGCUGCAGGGCAGGUCUGGCUCGGACAUCGACUGCAUGGGCUUCCUCUUCAUCAACACCGUCAAGUCGUCCGUAAUGACUGACAUGGAGUAUCCCACCCUGUCCCUCUUCAAACCCCAGGUGACCCCAGAAUAUGUGAAAUCCGUGUCCUACCACAAUGACACUUCAUUGGUUCAAGAAGAGUCCAUUGCAUACAGCAAGACCCUGACCAAGACUUCCUCCUGGUCCGUCAGCAACAAGAUAGAAUCCACCUUGAAUGUGUCGGUCAAAGCAGGGAUCCCGGAUCUGGUCGAGGUGUCAUCAGGGUUCAGCUUGACCGUGGGAGUGGAGCAUUCCACCAGCUUGGAGAAGACAGAGACCAUAACAGAAUCAGAUACCAUCAACCUGAAGAUCCCGCCAGGGAAGACCAUGGAUGUUGAGAUCACAGUGGGGAGAGCAAAUAUCGACCUCGACUACAGGGCCACAGUGAAAGUCACCUGCAUGAAUGGCAGUCAGCUGGUCUUCCCAUCCAACGGCAUCUACACUGGUGUGACUUACACUUCAGCGAGGGUAUCCACAAAGGAGAGAUGAGACAAGUGUAUGACAUCAUGAAUAGUAUGCACAGUGAUAGAAUGUGACACCAUGACUAAUUCUUUGUGUGCCUUUUCUGUUAUUAUGAUAAUCUUUGAUUGAUUCUUAUUGAACCCAGUUGAUUCAGCUCUUCUGUUAUUAUGAUCAUCUUUGAGUGAUUCUUAUUGAACCCAGUUGAUUCAGCUCUUCUGUUAUUAUGAUAAUCUUUGAGUGAUUCUUAUUGAACCCAGUUGACUCAGCUCUUCUGUUAUUAUGAUAAUCUUUGAGUGAUUCUUAUUGAACCCAGUUGAUUCAGCUCUUCUGUUAUUAUGAUAAUCUUUGAGUGAUUCUUAUUGAACCCAGCUGACUCAGCUCUUUCUGUUAUUAUGAUAAUCUUUGAGUGAUUCUUAUUGAACCCAGUUGAUUCAGCUCUUCUGUUAUUAUGAUAAUCUUUGAGUGAUUCUGAUUGAACCCAGUUGACUCAGCUCUUCUGUUAUUAUGAUAAUCUUUGAGUGAUUCUUAUUGAACCCAGUUGAUUCAGCUCUUCUGUUAUUAUGAUCAUCUUUGAGUGAUUCUUAUUGAACCCAGUUGAUUCAGCUCUUCUGUUAUUAUGAUAAUCUUUGAGUGAUUCUUAUUGAACCCAGUUGAUUCAGCUCUUCUGUUAUUAUGAUCAUCUUUGAGUGAUUCUGAUUGAACCCAGUUGAUUCAGCUCUUCUGUUAUUAUGAUCAUCUUUGAGUGAUUCUUAUUGAACCCAGUUGACUCAGCUCUUUCUGUUAUUAUGAUAAUCUUUGAGUGAUUCUUAUUGAACCCAGUUGACUCAGCUCUUUCUGUUAGUAUGAUAAUCUUUGAUUGAUUCUGAUUGAACCCAGUUGACUCAGCUCUUUCUGUUAUUAUGAUAAUCUUUGAUUGAUUCUGAUUGAACCCAGUUGACUCAGCUCUUUCUGUUAUUAUGAUCAUCUUUGAGUGAUUCUAAUUUAACCCAGUUGAUUCAGCUCUUCUGUCUCAGCAGAGGGUAUAAAGACAGGUGGGUGAUUCCUACAAUCCGUUGCCUUUUGUGUCCAAUGACAUGUUAAUAACACAUGUUGUGUUUAAUUAUUGAACAACAUUAUGGUUUGUCCCCCAUUUACCAUAAACACAAUGUCAUGUAACGAUAACUUAAUUUCAUAACGAAUUUGUCUUGCGUGUUUGCCAUAUCUCCAGUUAAGUUUCAACUUCCAUUGGAUAUACUAUUCAUAAAAUUCACAAAUAUUGUAAUUAUCAUUACAUUUGUCACGCCCUGACCUUAGAGAGCCAUUUUAUUUCUCUAUUUGGUUAGGUCAGGGUGUGAUGUGGGGUGGGCAUUCUCUGUUCUAUUUUCUAUGUUUUUGUAUUUCUUUGUUUUGGCCGGGUAUGGUUCUCAAUCAGGGACAGCUGCCUAUCAUUGUCUCUGAUUGGGAACCAUACUUUGGCAGCCUUUUUCCCCACCUGUCUUGGUGGGUAGUUAACUUUAUUUGUGGCACUAAAGCCCUGUAAGCUUCACGGUUGUUCGUUUUGUUUCUUGUUUUGUUGGCGUCAUUCCAAAAUAAAAAGGAAUAUUUACGCUC